UUGGCAACUAGGGUGUCAGCCUGCUUUACAGAUUUGUGUAUAUUGUGGUAAAAGAAUUCACAGACAGCAGUAUUUAACAGAGCAGCCAGCACAGGAGAAGAGUGAUCACCGAUAGAUGACUGAGAUGAGGUGGCCAUAGAAUAGAGGUGGGAAUCGCUGGGUCAUGUCGUACCUGGCUAACACAGCUCACCUUCAACUUGGAGCAUUUGCUUUUGCUACGGUAGGCUGGAUUUUGGGCUCCAUCGCCACAGGACUUAUGCAAUGGAGGGUGUGGUAUGUGGCCAACCACACUGUUAUUACCUCUGGCAUUGCUUGGGUUGGCAUCUGGCGGACGUGUUUCUUCAGUCACAUCUUGGUGUCUCCAAACCAAAAAUACAUGUACUGUCAAGAAUACAGCGUGGCAGACUCUUUUGUGCCACGUGAAAUAUUUGUGGCACAGGGUUUUAUGUUGACGGCUACAAUCCUUGGGGCAUUGGGAAAAGCCAUUUCUGUCUUUGGACUUAAACAGGUCUAUCAUGGGACGAGCCAAAUCGACGGGAUUCUUCAUUGGUUUACAUUGGGCGGAAUUUUGUACAUAUUUACCAGUAUUGUCAUUCUUAUUCCGGUGGCUUGGAAUAUGCACUCUGUCGUCAGCAAUUUUAGUAUUAAUUUCCCCAGCACAUAUUAUAUGCCUUCCAGUCCUCAGAAACAGGAAGUCGGUGCUGCCAUUAGCCUGGGGAUUUUAUCUGCCGUCUUGUAUUUCUUGAGUGGGAUCUUUUUCCUUGCCCAUAAGCUACCUCAACUUUCUCACAACAUCGUUUAUCCAAAAAGUUCAAAUGAUUCUGUAUUUUCUGACUAUACCAGUAGGACUUCCAGAGAGGUGGAAAGGUCUGCAAGCUUUUCCUCCUUAAGUAGUUUUGGAAGUGUAUCUGUAAACUGUGAUGGAAUUAAGAACGAGGCAUUUGAAUGGAAUAUGGAUGAACUAUUAUGAAUUAACUCUUCGUUUACACAGAUCUUGGCCAAUGUUUGCUAGAAAACAAUCCUCUAAUAACCAAUAGCUGCACAAGUCUACUUGGAUACAGGAAAUAUUCGGACUGUAUAGAAAGCGUUCAUAUACUUUGGAAAUAACAUAAGAUUUUUUUUCCCAUAAAAAAAGUGUCAUUAAACUUGAUCCAGUGUUAAUGUUUACCACUUAUGAAGAACGUACAGUAAAACCUUGGUUUGAGAGAGUUUUGCAAGACAAGCAAACAUUUUUAAUACAUUUUGACUUGAUAUACAA